AUAUUAUUCGCCGGAUCUUAAAGCCCAUGCCAACGCAACUCACCUACGAAAUAAAAUAUCAUAUCGGAACUACGCACUCUAAGGCUAAGGCAUAAAAAUGACAGACGCUGCUCGUUGGAAAGCUACGGUUUACGUCGGAGGUUUAGCCUCUGUCGUUACCAACAUAAAUAUUCACGACGCCUUCAUCCCCUUUGGUGAAAUCGCCGAUAUAUCUCUGCCUAAGAACGAUGCGCCAAACGCAACUGAGCCGCAUCGAGGAUUCGCAUAUGUAGAAUAUGAGGAUGCCGAAGAUGCAAAGGAAGCUAUCGACAACAUGGAUCAAUCUGAGUUAUUUGGCAGGGUCUUAAAGGUCUCGGCAGCAAAACCUCCUAAGAGUGCAGAUGAAGGGUUGGGUGGGAAGAAGGCCAUUUGGGAACAAGAGGGAUGGCUUGCCGAGCAUGCAGUUAGCGAAGAAGAUCGUGCCGCAGCUGCUGCACCUAAGAGUGGCAUAGACGAUGAUAGACCAGAAGAUCCUAUGCAAGGACUUGAGGGGCUUGACGUUGCCGGACCAAAACCAGAAUGAGGAAUCACUUGAAUCGCUCAUAGGGUGUGCUUGAAUUUUUCGCAUAGCGUUGGCGUCAGGAAAGGAUCAUAGGGCACAGAAAGAAGUGUUUAAGAUAGGAGCUUGCGAUUAAUGUCUAUACCGCGCUUAACCUCCCGUAUUUGACAUACCCACCUCCGGUGGU